AUGGUGAUGGAGAACGUCUCUUCCUCUUCGCUGUUCUCAACCAGCUUCACCACUCAGCAUGAAAACUCCACUGUGUCCAAUUACUUCUCUGGCCUCCAGAAGAGCAUGCAUAUCCUUUCCAUGGUGGUCUACAGCAUUGCGUGUCUGCUGGGGGUGACGGGCAAUGGCCUUGUCAUCUGGAUCGCUGGCUUCAAGAUGAAGAAGACAGUUAAUGCCGUGUGGUUUCUUAAUCUGGCUGUUGCUGAUUUCAUUUUCACCUUUUUUCUCCCCUUCAGCAUCGCCUACACUGCCCUGGGCUUUCACUGGCCAUUUGGGAAGCUCCUGUGCAAACUGAACAGCACUGUUGCCUUCCUCAACAUGUUUGCUAGCGUCUUCCUCCUAACGGUGAUCAGCAUAGACCGGUGCAUUUCGGUGAUCUGCCCUGUGUGGUCUCGUAACCACCGGACACCAAAGUUGGCUUCCAACAUUGCCCUGGUCACAUGGGUCCUAGCCUUCAUCAUCAGCUCUCCAUAUCUUGUUUUUCGAGACACGGCUACUAAUUCAAAGAACGUCACCAGCUGUUACAAUAACUUUGCCCUGUCUGAUGACUAUAAAUCUGAGGUGACACGUCGGCUGUGGAGAAUGAGGCACAAAGCUAUGAUCAUAACCAGAUUCUUAUGUGGGUUCCUCAUCCCCUUCACCGUGAUCCUUGUCUGCUACAGCAUCAUUGCCAUCAGGAUGAAAAGGAGCCAUCUAGUCAGGUCCACUAAGCCUUUCAGGAUCAUUGUUGCUGUCACAGUGUCUUUUUUCCUCUGCUAUUUCCCGUACCAUGUCUUCUGCUUGCUGGAAAUGUCUAAAAACUCUUCCAAUCAGGAGCUGAAAAUGGCCCUUUACAUAGGGAUCCCCUUGGUUUCCAGUCUUGCCUUCUUCAACAGCUGUAUCAACCCCAUCCUCUAUGUCUUUGUGGGGCAGGACUUCAAGGAGAAGUUCCAACAGUCCAUCCUCUCUGCCUUCGAGGGCGCUUUCAGUGAGGACUCCAUCCUGAUCACCCUGGCCAGCAAGAGAAAAUCCAGAGCCACUUCUGAAGCAGAAGUUCCAGGGGUUUAA